CCUAUCUCAUCAACUCUCUUCUACAAGGACUCCAUAUCCCUCCCCUUCUUCAACCACUCUAUAACCACAUGAAGUUUCCACAUCAAAGCUUUGAUGCCACCAAAUUCCCUAUGAAAUUUUCUCAUAAUCUCUUCAAUCUGCAACAAAUUUGACAUUUUUGAUGUAUUAACAUCACAGCACAACUAUAUCUGGUAAGUUUACAUCUUCUUCCCAUUCUAACACAAACCUUAUGUUUUCCUUUAAUCAAAAAACGUAUCUUCUCCUCGCUAUAAUCAUCCUUUCCAUCAUCUUCUUCAUAUGUGGCAUCCUCCAUCUUCUCAUUAAAUACUUCCUCAAACCAAUCAAUUCAGAAUCAGAAGAAAUUGCAAGUGCCACUGCCUUCCAAGGCCAAUUACAGCAGCUCUUUCACCUCCAUGAUGAAGGUGUAGACCAAUCCUUCAUCGACUCUCUCCCAAUAUUCCUCUACAAAUCUAUCAUAGGCCUUAAGGACCCAUUUGAUUGUGUAGUUUGCCUUUGCGAGUUUGAGCUUGAUGAUAAGCUAAGGCUACUUCCAAAUUGUAGCCAUGCUUUUCAUAUUGAAUGCAUUGAUACAUGGCUAUUAUCACAUUCAACAUGUCCUCUUUGUAGGAAGAGCUUGCUUCAUGAAUAUUCAAGCGAGAGCUCCAGUGAUCCUGGUUUAAAUGUUGAAGAUGAUUUCACGCAAUCUCGACAUCUAAGAGUGAAAGAUGAUUUAAAUUUAAAAGAACAUACGCAAUCUAUGGAGCUCCCGCUAAUGCAGGAUCUAAUGAGGGAUUAUUAUACACAAUCUCAUCCCAAUAUUUGCAAAGAGACGGUUUCCCCGGAUCGAACUGAUAAAGUAGAGAAUGAGUUGAAUCUGCAAUAUGUUAAGCUUGGAAAGUUCAGAAAUGUGGAAGUUAGUGAGGAAGGGACAAGUAGAAAUAAUGGUGAUUUGAAAGAGAGAUGUUUCUCCAUGGGUGCAAUUGAGUAUGUGAUGAAUGAGAGCACUGUGCUUCAAGUGGCUAUCAAGACAUUGAAGAAGCAUCCUAAUAGGAUUAAUGAUGGUAACAGUGCAAGAAUUAGUGAUAAAUGCAGUAAUGAGAUCUUCUCUAUUUCAAAGAUUUCGAUGGGAUCGAGAAGAGAGAGAGCCAUUUAUGAUGACUUUUCAAGGAGAGCUUUUUCCUUCAGAUUGCCAAAGCAGAUCAGUGAUUUUGGAUUAGAUGUGGAAGCUGGAAGAAAGGGACAGAAGACUACGCCAGUCAGCCGUGGAUGACUUGAAUUGGACUGUUGAGCUAUAGUAGCUUUUGUAGAUUAACAUGUUCUGAGAAAAAAGAUGAAACGAGAGAUUUGUUCAGUUGUUCUUAUAAAAGUUCAU